AUGACAAAACUAAUUAUUAAACUUAAUAAUGUUUCGUUAAAUAAAGACUAAAAUUUAUUUAUUUUUUAUUUAUUAGCCAAUUUAUUUAAAACUUUUUAAUUUAAGAAAUAAGAUAAAGAAAUAGAGUCAUAUGUAUUGUUAAAUAUCCUUUAAAACAAAAUCCUGAUUUAUUUGAAAAUUAGUACAGUUAAUACACGUUAAUAAAUCUUAAAAGAUGAAAAUAUUACAUAUAAAUUUUGGAUUUCUUAUAGAUCAUGA